ACCAACCCGACCGUCAUCUUCAUCUUCAUCAUCCAUCUUUCAUCCUUUAUCAACUAUACCUUCUCACUCAUUGUCGGGACUGAGAUACUUAUCAUCGCCCGGGUUAUACUUUCUGUCAGAUACAGUUCUAAUAAUAAAUAACUACAGCAAUCAUGCGCUCCAAAUUCAAAGACGAGCACCCCUUCGAAAAGCGCAAGGCUGAAGCCGAGCGUAUUCGCCAGAAAUACGCUGACCGUAUCCCUGUAAUCUGCGAAAAAGUCGAAAAAUCAGACAUCGCAACCAUCGAUAAGAAGAAAUACCUUGUCCCCGCAGAUCUCACCGUCGGCCAGUUCGUGUACGUCAUCCGAAAGCGCAUCAAGUUGUCACCCGAAAAGGCUAUUUUCAUCUUUGUCGAUGAAGUGCUUCCCCCUACCGCGGCGCUUAUGAGUAGUAUUUAUGAGGAGCAUAAGGAUGAGGAUGGUUUCUUAUACAUUACAUACUCGGGCGAGAACACCUUUGGUGAAUGCUGAAGAGAAACCGUGGAUGAUAAAUGCUAUGAAAUGUGCUAGAUGAGCGACGAUCUUGACUCAACUGAAUGGACUGAACUGAACUACUCGAUUGUUUCUGGCUUGGUGCUUAGAGUGCUUUGCAAUGUAAUGCGGUCUGCUCUGGCUACUCGAGUGGUUCGUCACCUCUACUCGAGGAUGAAGCGGCAGAUCGUUGUAUUGGCGUUACGGAUGUCAUAUUUGCUAGUGUGAUGUGAUAUUAUUAUUGCUUAUUUGCUUGAUACGGGAACUAUCUAUUGCUACUUCAGAUACUGCUGUCCUGUCAGUAGUAUCAUACUGGCUGUCCUAGAGAUUUAGAUGAAUCACGGACUUAAACCGGACCCGAUCCACAACUCCGGCCCAUCA